CGCUGGUGUGCUAAUUGGUUGAGCGCUGUCGAUCGCAUCAUGGUCGUCGAUUCCAAGACAUACGUCAAGGCGAUAUCUGCUAUCGUUGACGAGAUCAUCAAGGCGUAUGAGAAGCAAGACCCUGUCAACAUGACGCGGUUGAAGAACGACGUUGCCAAGGUGUACAAGCUUCCAUCCAUGCCCAAGCUCGUCGACAUCAUCUCGGCCAUCCCAGAGGAAUACCGGGACGAGUUGCUGCCGUACUUGAAGGCCAAGCCCGUGCGCACGGCGUCGGGCAUUGCAGUCGUGGCUGUAAUGUGCAAACCCCAUCGAUGCCCCCACAUCGCAAUGACAGGCAACAUCUGCGUCUACUGUCCAGGCGGCCCCGACUCGGACUUUGAGUACUCGACCCAAGCAUACACUGGGUACGAGCCCACGAGCAUGCGCGCGAUUCGAGCCAGGUACAAUCCGUACGUGCAGACCAAGACCCGCGUCGACCAACUCAAGCGCCUGGGCCACAACGUCGACAAAGUAGAGUUUAUCGUAAUGGGGGGGACGUUUCUAUCGCUGGACAGGGAGUACCGGGACUGGUUUAUGCGCAAUCUCCACGAUGCUCUCUCUGGACAUACGUCUAGUUCUGUGGCGGAAGCCGUGCGGUACUCGGAACAGGGCCAGACCAAGUGUACGGCCAUUACGUUGGAAACACGGCCAGACUACUGCCUGAAACCGCAUUUGAACGACAUGUUGUCCUAUGGGUGUACUCGGAUCGAAAUCGGCGUCCAAAGCAUCUAUGAAGAUGUGGCCAGAGAUACCAAUCGGGGCCAUACUGUCGCCGCCGUGUGUCAUUCGUUUCAACUCGCCAAAGACUGCGGGUACAAGAUCGUGGCGCACAUGAUGCCCGACCUGCCGAAUAUGGGCAUGGAACGCGACUUGAGCGGGUUCAAAGAAUACUUUGAGAACCCCCUCUUUCGUACGGAUGGGCUCAAGAUCUACCCCACUCUUGUCAUUCGAGGCACGGGGCUGUACGAACUGUGGAAAACUGGCCACUACAAAAAUUACUCGCCCGACGAACUCGUGGACCUGAUGGCGCGGCUCCUGGCGCUCGUGCCACCGUGGACGCGCGUGUAUCGCAUCCAGCGAGACAUUCCGAUGCCGCUGGUCACAUCAGGCGUUGAAAAUGGCAACUUGCGCGAGCUGGCGCUAGCCCGAAUGAAGGACCUGGGGGUGGCGUGUCGAGAUAUUCGAACUCGGGAAGUGGGAAUGAAGGGCAUCCACGAUCAAAUCUUGCCAGACCAAGUCGAGUUGGUCCGUCGGGACUACGUCGCCAACGGCGGAUGGGAGACGUUCUUGGCCUACGAAGACGUCGCCCAAGACAUCCUCGUGGGUCUUUUGCGGCUGCGCCAAGCCAGUGCCACGGCCUUUCGCAAAGAAAUUCCUCCGGGAACUUCCAUCGUCCGCGAACUUCACGUGUACGGAUCCGCCGUCCCCAUCCACUCCCGCGACCCGACCAAGUUCCAACACCAAGGAUUUGGAACGCUCUUGAUGGAAGAGGCCGAGCGCAUUGCACGGGAUGAACACAACUCGGCCAAGAUCGUUGUCAUUGCUGGGGUUGGCACGCGGCACUACUACCGCAAGCUUGGCUACGAACUGGAUGGCCCGUACAUGUCCAAGUUCUUUAACGACGAUUGUUAACUUUCGAUAACGACGGAUAUGGUUGGGCAGGGUCGUUCCAGUACUUAUGUACUGAUUGGGGGGGUUCACAUGUGGGAUCUAUCUCUUGUGCUCGUUCGAGUACUAACAUUAGUACACAAGACAGCGCAUCUCUUGCAUCUCCAUUGGAGCAUCUGAACAUGCCAAGCCAAUCGGUGGAUGCCACCAACGUGUCGCUGUGAUAUGCCGCCUCGAUGCAAGGGAUUUGGACAUGUCAUGAAACCGCCGCCGCCGUCAUUCUUAUCCGACGUUCCCCCUUCGUCGUCGGAUCAUGCCAACCUCAGACACCACAACACAACGAAACCUGUUUAUAUCCAACUAGAUCAUGGUUCAUUCCUUUGUCACUCGUUCA